UAUCUAUCUAUCUAUCUGUCUGUCUGUCUAUCUGUCUGUCUGUCUGUCUGUCUGUCUGGUCUAUCUGGUCUAUUACAACAUCCCCACCUCAUUUCUGCUUGACCCCAAUACCAUCCCCACUCCACACCCACAGUGCAGAAACACCAUCUACAGUACAGCUCAUCCCUGCUUGCUUUAACACUGUCCCCACUUCAUCUGCGCAUGGCUCAAAUGAACCAAUAAUCAUUUCUCCAGUGAUCACAGAGCUACAACUGGCACACAAAGGUCUAGUGAUUAACCAGUUGCACUUUACUCUACAUGUUUCUUCAUUUAGAUGACAAGCUUCUGGUUUCCCUCAAACAGCUUCUGCAGGAUUGCAGUCACGUGGAACUCCAGCCAACAUCACUGAUUAGAAUAUACUUUACAGGCUGCUACCUGCAGGACUGGGUUGGCCAAAACACACAGUACACUGUGAGAGAGGCCUUCUUUAACAAAACCCUGGAAGAGGUUUCAUCCAAAUCCUGCCCAUCAGCCACAUCUGGACCUCGUCUACAGUUUCCUCAGCUUACAUGUGGAAUAAGCGAUGUCAUUGUGAAGCUGUCGGCUAAUGAGCUGAAAUAUGUUCAAAUCAUAGCACCUGAUAGACCUUCACUGGGAGAGAGGGAUACAUCUCUAGAACAUGGUUUAACACAAGAAAGGACAAAAGAUUUCCUGGUUAUUACAGUGAAUGCCCCCAGAAUGGAGGACCUUGCUGAACUUCUGCUGGAGUACACUAAUGUCAGAAAUGAACUGUACACAGCAAAAUUGUUUUGUACUCAGUAUCACUUCAAACCACGAUCCAACAGGAAAACAGAUUUUUGGAGGUUUUAUCGAAAUAGAAAACUUCUUCAAAAGCGGGCCAUCACUCUGCAAACAACUCUACUACAACCAAGAGCAUAUUCAUUUGGAGCAGUAAAACGUACACAAGCAGCAAAUGCUUUAAAGGCAAAAACUACAUUGGCAAUUCCACAUAGCAGUGGUGCCACUGCCGCAUCUCAUUUUUUACCCCAGUACUUGAACCAGUUCAUAUUCAAGGGGCAGUUAAUGAUGCACCAACAUCUACAGUACCUUCAACAGAAAGUUGUACAGGUAGUGAGAUAUCUUCAACAGAAACUGAACCAAGAACCAAAUCAGCGUCAACUUUUGCAGCAGGUACCUCAGUACCUGAACCAGUUCAUAUUCUAG